AUGCGACGGGGGUGGUGGCUCGUCAGAUGGCUGGGGACAGGAAUGGCAAUCCUCUCUUUGCUAACCCACAGCUGGGGCCAGGACACAGAAGAGUGUAAGCUGUCCAGGCCAGGCCCCCCUGCAACCAUAGUGACCAUUGAUGAGGAGAGCCCCAACGGUACGGUUUUGGUGGAAAACAUGCAGAUAAAUGGCCGCGCCCAGGACCCAGGCAGGACCAUCUCACUGAUGUUGCUGGACAACUAUGACUACUGGGUGAUACUGGAACCAACACGACAGAGGCUCUACCUCAACAGUACCGGGCGCAUUCUGGACAGAGACCCCCCCAACUACAUCACCACCAUCGUGGUUCAGGUCCAGUGCACCAAUGAGCUGGUUGGUACGGUCAUUUUCCACGAGGUACGGAUUGUUGUGAGGGACAUGAACGACAACACCCCUCGCUUUCAGCAGCCACGCUACUAUGUUGCCGUAAACGAGCUCACACCAGUUGGAACGACCAUUUUCACUGGCUUCUCAGGAAGUAAUGGAGCUACCGACAUUGAUGAUGGGCCCAAUGGACAUAUUGAAUACGGCAUCCUUUACAACCCCAAUGACCCGGCAUCAAACAGAACAGUGAGUGUUGCAAACACCCUUUCAGGACACAUUAUUCUGGCAGAGAGGCUAAACUAUGAGGAGAGAACUCGUUACCUGGUUUUGGUCCAGGCCAAUGACCGCGCUCCGUACCCCCCCAACAGACGGACUGCUACCACAACUCUGACUGUGGACGUUCUGGAUGGAGACGACCUGGGCCCGAUGUUCCUGCCUUGCAUUUUGGUCAACAACACCCGUGACUGCAACCCCCUCACCUACCGUGUUGCUAUCCCUGAAUUCACUGAACCGAGCAAACUGAACCCACUGAAUGUGACCCCUGCAAUCCGGGCCGUGGACAUGGACAGAAACAUACAGCCUCCAUCAGACAGACCUAGAAUUCUUUACUACAUCCUAAUUGGUCAUCCAGUCACAUAUCCAGACUAUUUCUCCCUGAAUAGAACCACUGCAGAGCUGCGUGUCCUGCAGCCCAUCAGUAGGGACUUGUAUCAAAGGUUCACUCUCAUCAUCAAGGCUGAACAGGACAACGGUCACCCCCUCCCAGCCUAUGCUGACCUCAUUAUCGAAAUCCUGGACGAGAACAACCAGGCACCAUAUUUCCAGUUUGUCACCUAUCAGGGCUAUGUGAGUGAGUCCUCCCCAGUGGGCACGACCAUCUCAGCCAGUGCCAACCUCACUGCCCCUCUGGGAAUCAUCGCUCUGGAUAAUGACAUUGAGGAGACGAAAGACCCUAUGCUGAAGAUUACCCUGAAUGACUACACCACGAUCUUCAGCCUGACCCCAACUGGGGUAAUCCGCCACCUGAAGCUCAUCAAACCUGUGGACCGGGAAAAGCAGAUGGCCUAUACAUUCACGAUGGUGGCAUCAGAUGGCGUCCAGCAGAGUAUCCCAGUAACUGUCAACAUCCUGGUCAUUGACGCCAAUGACAAUACGCCCAGGUUUCCUGAGGUCUCCUACAGCGUUGAAGUCUUCACAGACAUGCAGCCCGGGGAGACGGUCUUACAGUUAACAGCAACAGACGCUGAUGAGGGACUGAAUGGUCUGGUGACCUAUGAGAUACUGGCUGGUGACCAGGGACAUUUCAUCAUUAGCAAUCGCACUGGACGCAUCACUGUUGCGCCUGGUGUCACUUUAACUGUUGGACGAUCUUACGCACUCACUGUCAAAGCCUCUGACAAUGCACCAGAGACCCAGAGAAGGAGCUCCAUCACUACUGUGUACAUUGAGGUUUUGCCUCCCAACAACCAGAGCCCCCCACGCUUCCCUCUGCUCACCUACAACCUUGAAGUCAGCGAGGCCAUGAGGUUAGGAGCUAUUCUGCUCAAUCUGCAGGCCACAGACAGAGAAAAUGACCCGAUCACAUACCGCAUUCUGAGUGGGGAUUCCCAGAAGGUGUUCAACCUCUCUCAAACGAUUGGCCUACUGCUUCUGGGAAAGCCUCUGGACAGAGAGACCACAGAUCAGUACCGUCUGAUUGUCACAGCCUCCGAUGGGAACCUUGGAGGGACAUCCACUACUACUGUGAACAUAGUCGUCACUGAUGUCAACGAUAAUGACCCCGAGUUUGACCUGACCAUACCCACAAAUUUUACUGUCCAAGAAGAAAAGGCCAAUUUGUUUGUUGGACAAGUCACGGCCACAGAUCCAGAUGCAGGGGUUAAUGGCGAGGUGCGCUAUCGGAUCGUGAAUCAUCCAGACUUGUUUAUAAUCGGUGCUAAUGGCAGCAUCUACACAAGAGUGCCUCUUGACCGGGAGCUUAGGAGCCAAUAUGACCUGGUGGUAGAGGCCUCAGAUGGGGCAGUGGAUCCACGGCGGACCACCUUGACCCUCUCUAUCCAGGUCACGGAUAUCGAUGACAACAGCCCAGUCUUCUCCCAGCAAACUUAUGUUGUUAACGUACCUGAGAACAGCCCAGUGGGAAUUGUGGUCCUAAAGCUAAGCGCAGUUGACGCAGACCUCGUCUCCAACGUCACGUAUCGGAUCAAGACGGAGUCGGCCAGGCAGCUCUUUUCUCUGAAUCCUGUCACUGGGGAGUUAGCUGUGCUGCAGACCCUGGACUUCGAGGACCUGGCUGCCAUGGGCAUGGGGGCCUCUUUCACUUUCCAGGUGGAAGCUGUCGACCAAGGAGGGGUCAUGCCCCCGGGGCAGGCUACCGUCACGGUCCGCAUCACGGACAUGAAUGACUUCUCCCCCGUCUUUACCCAAGAACUGUAUAAGGGCUUGGUGGCGCCCAAUGCAGAGAAAGGAACUGUCAUCACAACUGUUGUUGCUGAGGACCAAGACCCACCAGGUACUCCGGCCAGUUUUGUCCGCUACAGAGUGGACCAUGAUAGGUCCCCGUACAGUGGGAGCAUCUUUGAUGUGGAAGAGGAAACUGGAAGAGUCAUCACUAAGGUCAACCUCAAUGAAGAGCCCAGUGUCACCUUUGAGUUGUUCGUGAUAGCCUAUGAUGAUGGGGAGCCUGUGAAGUCUAACACCACUCUGGUGGAGAUUACUGUUCUUCAGCCUUCCCGCAUCCCGAUCUUCACCCAGGAGGAGUACAGGUUUCCUCUGGUUAGUGAGCUGGCUCCACUUGGCACAUCGGUGGGAACUAUUCUAGCUGCUGCUGUCAAUCAAACCAUCUUCUACUCCAUUGUGGCAGGAAAUGAACUAGGUCAUUUUCGGGUAAACAACAGGACCGGCGUCAUCUCCACAGCUAAACCUUUGGAUUAUGAAAAUGUGACCAGCUAUGUCCUCCGGGUCCAGGCAGACUCUAUGCUGGUUGUCAUGUCCAACCUGCGUGUGCCUUCUAAAACUAACACAGCCAAGGUGUUCAUUGAGGUGCAGGAUGAGAAUGACCACCCUCCCGUCUUCUCCAGGAGGCUCUACAUAGGCGGCGUGACGGAGGACAGCAAGAUCUUCAGCUCUGUGCUUAAGAUAGUGGCCAAUGAUAAGGACACUGGGAAUUACAGUGAGAUGGCAUACCGCCUGAUCAUUCCGCCCACACCAGAGGGGCAGGACAGCUUCGUCAUCGAGACAUACACAGGUGUCAUCAAGUCGGCCAUCAUGUUUCGAAAUAUGCGCAGGUCCUACUUCAGGUUUGAAGUUAUUGCCACAGACGACUAUGGAAAAGGUCUCAGCAGCAGUGCUGAAGUGGUGGUUUCCGUGGUCAACGCGUUGGACAUGCAAGUUGUUGUGUCCACUGUCCCACCCACUUUAGUGGAAGAGCAUAGAGAGCAGCUCAUUAGUAUUUUGGAGCGCCACGUCCAGGACCAGAUUCCAGGUGCCAAAGUGAUUGUAGAGUCAAUCGGGCCACGUCGCCAUGGCGAUGGCUUUGAACUAGAGGACUACAGUAAGUCGGACCUGAUGGUGUACGCCAUUGACCCGCUUACCAACAGGGCCAUUUCACCCAAGGAACUUUUCAAAUUUCUGGAUGGGAAUGUGCUGGAAAUCAACAAGGAGUUCCAGCCAUAUCUGGGCGAGGGUGGCCGCAUCCUGGAGAUCCGCUCCCCAGACAUUGUGGCCAGUGUGAAGAAGGCGGCCCAAGCUGUGGGCUACACAGAGGGAGCCCUCCUGGCCCUGGCCAUCAUCAUCAUCCUCUGCUGCAUCCCUGCCAUCCUCAUCGUCAUGGUCACCUACAAGCAGUUCAAAGAGCGACAGGCAGAGUGUGCCAAGACUGCCAGGAUUCAGAUGGCUUUACCACCAGGAGGGAAAGCAGCUCCGGCAGUAGCUCCCACUGCUAAUCUCUAUGAGGAGCUAGGCGACAGCAGCAUCAGGCGAGGCUACGGCAGACAGGAACUUUCCAUGGAGUCAGGUAUCGACCCGGGCCAGGACUACACACAAGACUACUAUAAUUACGACCAAGGGUAUGACAUUCCUCAGUAUGGCAGUCGGAGGAGGCUGAUAUCUCCCAUGUAUGAUGAAUAUGGAGAGGUGAUCAUGGAGGAUGAUGGGUAUUUCUACAGUCCACAUGGCCCUGAGAUUGGGAAAAAGAAGCGGAUUAAGCUGGUGGUAGAUCGUGAGAAUGAGACCAGCUCCACAGGAGAGGAGAGCACCACAGACACACAGCGAAACCGACUCCCCAACAGCCACAGCAACAUCAACGGGAACGUCUAUCUCGCACAGAACGGCACCAUCGUCCGAACUUGGCGGCCACCCCACCCAAACAACUUAAAGGUGGGCUCUCCAUGCCGGCUUGGUAAGCAUUUUAAAAAACUAGACAAGUUGGGGGUGACCCAUGAAGAACCCUCAACCAUUCUUGGCCUUGAUGGCACGGAAAACAACACAGAAAAUGUAGCAGGUACAUGUGUUCCCUCUAACGUUGACAUCAACUUAAACACUCGGCCCUCCUGUGGCUCCCUUCGAUCCGCCAUCACAGAUCUUAAAAGUUUUGGGUCCAAAACCAAUAUUGCCAAGGUCUUGAAUGACAGAAACAGCAGUGGCACUUGUGUCAAUGAGGAGCAAGAGACUUCUGUUGACAACUACAAGGACAGUAGGGAGACACUGGAGUCUCACAGUGACCACACAUUAUCAGAUGAGGAAGAGUUAUGGAUGGGACCCUGGAACAGCCUGCACAUACCAAUGACAAAACUCUGACUGAUCAUGCAGAAAAUACAUUUCCUUUUUGUUAUUUUCCUAUCUUUACC